AAAUUUUUAAAUAAAUAACGUAAUCCAUUUCAAUCACGUGAAACGUAACUGUUCAAAUAUGGCAGAUGGCGUUUAUAACGCCAAAACAUUUUUGUGUUUUACAACACUGUGUGUUAGUAGAUUUGUUUUUCCUGUAAACAUAAAAGUGCGCUGAAUUUCACAAACAAAUAUAAGAGAAGAUUUUUUAAAUAGUAUUAAGCAAUAUGCCGAAAGAAGAUUGCAAGUAUUGGGAUAAAUGUUAUCAGAAAAAUGAAUAUCAUUUGUCAAAAUAUAAUCAUCCGAAAAAUGUUCCAGUUGAUGUAGCCGGAGGUUCCACUGCCGAGUCAAAUUCUAACAAGGAUGCAUCCCACGCAAAAAUGGAAUCUAAAGAUACUUCAACUGAAUGUUUGAACAAAAAACGCAAAACUAGCGAUGACGCAGUAAAGGAUGUAGUGGCAGAAAAUGUUACAGCUGAUAAGGACAAUGAUAAAUAUGAAACCCGCGACCUACGAACUGAAGCACUCAAUAAUAUUGCUGGCAAAAACUAUAUGGAAAUACUGGAGAAACGCAUAAAAUUCUCAGUCGAAAAAGAAUACGAAGAACUUUUGCGUUCAACUGAAUUUAUUCGACACAAAUUUUUAGUAGAAAUGCCACCAGAUUUCUACGCAUUUUGGAAUUUUGUACAAGAAUUGAAGAAAAAUGCUACAGGUGAGGAAAUUCUGCAGUAUAUGGAGAAGCAGUUUCAGAUACAACUAGUGGGUCCAUUUGAAUUCCUUGCUGGACGUUUCAAAAAUGCAAAAAUACAAGAACCUGGAGAUUAUUUACGACAUUGGCGUUUCUUUUAUGAUCCACCGGAGUUUCAAACAAUUUUUGUUCGCAGUAAGACUGGUGUGCAUUAUGGUUACUGGCGUGAUACACCUAAAGAUAAAAAGGAAUUAUUAAUAGCACGUAAUGAUGCGCGGGAAAACUGUGAAUUUCAAUUCAUAGCCGGCAAUGCUUUUGAUGCAUUUUUAUAUUUCUUACAAAAGGAUUUUGUAGGCACACCAUUUACAGCAGCUACUGUCGCAAAUACAAAGAAAAUGUUAACUGCUUUUACAAGUGAGCUGGACUGUAAAUUAGAGAAAUUGGAAACGUUAAGCAAUGCACGACAAAAGAAAGUUGUGACGAAGUCAUUUCACCGGGCAGGCAUAGUUGUCCCUUUUGACCACAAAACUAAGCUGGGUUAUCGACCACUUAUGACCAGUAAUGCAGAGCUAAAGAAAAUUUUACAAUUGUUUGUAACCGCAGGUCAACCGGAAAACGAUAAGGAUAUUAAGUCUGUAGUUAUGGAAAAAUUACAACCAUUGGCAAAUGCUGCACUAAUAGCCGUGGAUGAGUGUGAUUUCGGCACAGCUUUAGAACUAGGAAUUGAUUUAUUUUGCAGUGGUCGCUCAGAGUUGCACUUAUUGGCGAAAUCACUACUAGUACCUGCUUACUCUAACUUAGACAGACCUCAGUUUAUUGCAAUUGCAAAAGCGCAUAUGGAAGAACGCAGCAAAAAUUUAAAUCUGAGCAUGUUUGAUUAAUAAUUGAAAUAUUUUUUUUUAUUGUAAUAAAGUAUUGAAAUAUAUAUUUAUAUAAUAAAUUUUGUUAAUAUUAAUCAAACUAAU